GGUUUAUGGGAUGUAGGCGAAGGUUUCUUCGUGCCAGGAUGCAAAACCGUAUUUCCUUCUAUAAGGAGAGGGCGUGUUUUUCUCUGAAUAGAGCUUUGCGGUAGAAAUGCGAAGAAUCCCGCUUAGGAUCUGUUGUCAGAGCCCUUUAUGUGUUUAUGAGAAAGCAUAUUCCCUCUCCCUCCAUCUCCCUCCCUCUCCCUCCCUUCCUCUCUGGUAAUAGGAGAUCCAAUCCAAUCUUUUGAACACAAUUGCAUUCAACCAUGAUAAAUUUGAAGGAUGCAAGUGUAUUGUGUACAGUAUAAUGUGAAUAUACUCUGUUCACAUUAUACUGUAGGUAAGUAUAUAUAUUCUGUACAGAGUAUUAACUGAAAUGAUCCAAAAAUAUAUUUAAAAUGAGUUGGACCUUUGGAUAGCUACUCAUUUUAAUUUUAGGAUGUGCUCCUUUUGGCUGCAAUAAUAUUUGCUUGAAGAAUUGUGUAAAAAGUUUUAAGAAUAUGUAUAUUCCAAAGAUGUUAUAAAAAGUUGGGAAGUGGAUAGUUUUAAUAUGUGCAGAAUCCUAUCACUUUUCUAGAAUAAAAAGCAUACCUAUUAAUUUGUCCCUUAGAGGGACAAAUCAUUUGUCAUUUGUAGCUACUGAAUCAUUUGUCUGUUUUGACAUUCUUAAUGACUGCUGAGUCUGGCAUUUUGAAGUUUUGGUAACAAGUAUUGUCAGUCUAAAAUAAUAAGCUGGAAAACGGUGAUUCUGUGUAUGUGCAUACUAUUGAUAUUGUUUUCUGCCCUUCAAACAGAACAUAUCUCCCAAGAAGUUGAGGACGGAAAGGAUCUAUUUAACAAUGAUGAAUGCGGAUAUGGAUGGUAGAAUGCAUUUUACUAUUAUUUUGUUGUUAUGUGGGUUAUAAUAUUUAAUUGUUCUAAAGAUUAUGUUUUUUUAUCAGCUGGUGAGACUGAAAAUCAAGUAGAAUUAGAAGAAAAAACACGACUUAUCAAUCAAGUUUUGGAACUGCAGCAUACACUUGAAGAUCUGUCUGCAAGAGUAGAUGCCGUUAAAGAAGAAAAUUUGAAAUUGAAAUCAGAAAAUCAGGUUCUUGGACAAUAUAUAGAAAACCUCAUGUCUGCCUCUAGUGUUUUUCAGACUACUGACACAAAAAGCAAAAGAAAGUAAGGCCUUGGUAACCAAACAAUACUAUUGUACUGCUGCUGCUUUUGUUUAAUUUUAAAUUACAUAAGACUACAUAAUAUUUUAGUUUGUAUCAUCAUUGGUUAUGAAAAUUUAAUGUUAGUUCUAGACAUUUUAAUUUUUUAAAUGAAUUGGACAGUACAAGUCUGUAAUGUCAGUUUUCAGCAACAUAGGAUAGAGAAAAUAUAUUUAUUACUACCACAGUCUGAAUACAAGUGCUUUUGAAAAUCAGUUCUGCUUUUAUGGUUAAUGUCAUACAUGGCCAAGUACUGUAAUUAUCAUGGUUUUGAAAGUAUUACUAUUUGCUAGCAACAUAAUACAGUGUUGUGCAGAGUGGUAUGAAAAUACUUAUUUGGAAUGAAUUAUUUGCAUGACUUCUGUUAGUUUUCAAAAAAGUUGUACAUCCUCCAUCUCUUCUGCAUCCUCCAGGGAAAUCUAUGCUAAUUCUUCCAGAUGAAGACAUAGUUUAGCUUGUUGAGUGGUGGAAGUUAAUUCUUUUAAAUGAGGCUGUAUAAUGUAUUGCUUGCAAAAUUGUAAAGAGGAAAAAGAGUACUCUAUAGCUUGAUAUACCACUCUGGAAUUAAUAAAUUAUAAUUUUAAAAAUGUCUUAAAGUUCCUUUCACUUAUUGGGCCAGUAUAGUGUUGCAAUUGUUUUAAGUGUGUCUUGUUUACAGAACACUUAGUAAUAUUAUCAUGAUGAUACAAGCUUGGGAGAAAUAAUCUUGUAACAAUUAAUAGAUAUAUUUAUGAAUUUUCACUAGUUAUAGAUAUACUUUUACUACAUAAUCCCUUCUAACAUAAUCACAUUUUAGCCCCACAGAUGUUUGCCUUUCAGUACUAGAAUGAAGUUAGGGUUUUUCAAGCAUGAUACACAUCUCUACAAAAAUACUAGCUGCUACGGAGAUGUACCAAAUGCCUCCC